AACUAUCAGGAUGAAAGCGGUUGUGUUGUUCAUAGCGGCGGCAUGUCUCGCUGAUGCCACGCAGGUGCCCACCCGCACCGCUGAUAAGACGUAUUUGAUCAAGCAGAAGAGCAUCUACGAACUCUUCUGGCACGUCGACCAACCGACCAUCUAUCAUCCGGAGCUCUACCAGAAAGCGCGAUCCUUCAGCAUCGAAGAUAACAUUACUUCUUUUACGGACCAGGCGGCAGUAACUGAAUUGCUACAACGAUGGAAACACGGAAUGCUCCGACGUGGAGAAGUGUUCUCCAUGAUGAAUUCUCAUCAUCGCGAAGAAGCAAUGAGCCUCUUCCGCGUUCUGUUUUCCGCCAAGGACUUUGAGACUUUCUACAAUACCGCCGUCUGGGCUCGUUUCCACAUGAACGAACAAAUGUUCACUUACAUGCUGAGCCUCGCCACGCUGCAUCGCGCUGACACCAGGAACAUCCGUCAUCCCCCGAUGUACGAGGUGGUCCCGCACUUAUACUUCAACGAGGAGGUUUUACAUCAGGCCUAUCACAUCGCCAUGGGUGGCUCUGGUAUGAAGAAAACGGUCGGUGGUGUAGACGUUUACUACAUUCCCGCCAACUACAGCGGCUGGUACGUAAUCAGGGAUGAGAUGCCGGAGAUGCAUGAAAAAUUGAACUACUACACCGAGGACAUCGGUUUGAACGCUUACUAUUCCGUGGUCAACCACGAUUUCCCGCUCUGGAUGAACAGCAAACGGCACAACUUACCACAACUUGCCACAACUAAACGCGGCGAGAUAUAUCUGUACAUACACAAGGAGAUCCUCACUCGUUACUAUCUGGAGAGACUGUCCAACGGUAUGGGUGAGAUUCCCUACGUCGACGUGAACAAGCCCAUCGUUACCGGUUACUACCCGACGAUGCACCAUCACAACGGCUUGUCGUUCCCGCAGCGCCCCGCUAAUUCUGAGAUCCCAAUGCGCGAGCACAGGAACGUUCAGGCUCUGCUGGACUCUCACAAUCGCAUCUCUGACGCUAUCGACAGCGGCCACCUCGUCGACAUGAACGGCAAGCACAUCAACAUCUACGAAACCGUGGACGGUCUUAAUCAUCUCGGCAACGUGAUUCAGGGUAAUGCCGACUCUGUCAAUCCUAAAUACUACGGACACCUGGACACAAUGUACAGGAAGGUUCUCGGCAUGGCACCGGAAGUAAGCACCAAGUACAACGUCGUUCCAACCGCUCUCGAUUACUACGCCACCAGUCAAAGGGAUCCCGUCUUCUAUCAAAUGUACAAGAACAUCGUCACCUACUUCAUGAGAUUCAAGAGCAACUUGCCGAGCUACACGCACGAGGAGCUCGCCUUCCCGGGCGUGACAAUCGAGUCCGUCACCGUUGACAAGCUGAUGACCUUCUUCGACACCUUCGACUCGUUGCUCAGCAACGCCGUGUCGGUGAGCAGCCAGAAGGAGGCUUCGUCGAUGUUGAUCAAAGCGCGCCAGCACCGUCUGAAUCACAAACCCUUCACCUUCCACAUCACAGUCAACAGCGACAGGAACGUCAAGGCAGUCAUUCGCACCUUUAUGGGACCGAAAUACGACGUUCACGGCCACGAGCUGGACAUGAGCGAGAACUACAUGAACUUCGUAAAUGUCGAUCAGUGGACCGUUGACCUGAAAUCUGGCACGAACAAGAUCGAACGACACAGCUACGAGUCCAUCUACACGAUUCCCGACGAAAUGCAGAGCGAGGUCGUGUACAAGAAGGUGGUGAAGGCUAUCGAGGGUGGCGAGACAUUCACCUACCCGGGUCAACCCUACGGUUAUCCCGACCGUCUGUUUCUCCCUAAGGGCUGGAAAGAGGGUAUGCCGCUCAAGAUCUUCGUGAGCGUGACGCCUUUCGACGAGACGACUGCUGUGAAAUACGACUCGCCGAUCUGGGGUCAGGGCGUGAUGGACGGCCGUCCGUUGGGAUAUCCGCUGGACAGACCGGUGCGCACCCACAACUUCACCAUGCCCAACUUCCACGUGAAGGACGUCCUUGUGUUCCACAAGCAGAUGGAGGAAAUGAACAUGACCAUAUAAAGCUCGUCAUAAAGCGCGUUCCGUCACGUCAAAUGACACUUGGUGCGCUUUGCUGCAUGUCUACUUAUAUAAUUAAUCAACACGUGCGAUCGCCGGUUUAAGAGCCUGGGAAUCGUGCUGACUGGAAAAGAGAUGUACGAAUAAGAGAAGCGAAGCACAGUGCACAGUAGCGUCAUUGAGAAAUUUUACAUGUAACCGAUGAGAUGCAUCAAAAAUAAAUUCUGCGAAACAUCCUGUAUCAUUUA